CAAUGGGCUUCUACAUCUUCUCACAACGACGUCGUUUUUUGCGUUGGAGUAUACUUCGUGUCUUCGUCGCUCAAUCUGAACAAAGCGAAAGUAAAGCGUUAAUUCCCGCCAUUGCGCUCUUUGUCUCUCUCUUCUCGGUCUGUCAGCUUGAGAGAAUGGACAGUAAUCCAGGGACGAGGCAGACGAAUCUGAAGAAGUCUUUCAAGCUUGGAGUGCGUUCCUUGCUCACAGCCUGCUCCAAGGAGGAAUUUUGCAAAGCUUUCUCAAAGUUCAGUCCAGCGGAGCAAGAACGCCUCCACCGGUUAUUCAUUCAGGUUGUUUCAUCGUUGCACGAAAACAUAGAGGAUGAGUUUGAGUCUUUAUGCCUGGAAACAGAGGCAGGAACUGUUCUUGAUACUGUGGAGCAUCUUGUAGAAGAGCAAAGCUUGGAUCCACUCUCUUCUGAGAAGAGUAAUAUUGAAGAAACUGGCCAGUAUUUAUUAGAAACGAAGAAGAACGAGAUCAACCACUUGAUGGGCAUGCUGGAAAAGGCAGAAGAACAGAAGCGGCUCAUUAGUUCUCGCCUUGAAUUCCUAAAGAAAGAAAAACAAGAAUUCUCGGGCGCCACAGAUUUUGUGGACAAGUUAAGGACAGGGACCUUGAGCUACAGUACAGGCAAUGAUACUGGAAAUAAUCCUUGAUGUAUGUAUGAUCAUUGAUCAGUAAUGUUUCUAAGGAUCUAUUUGGCUCAACUUUUAACUUCAAGCCUACAGAGCAAACAUAGUCCAAACUGUUCUUUUUUCUGUUUCCAUUGAGUGUUAUUAUUAUGAACUAAAAAAAUAUCCACUUGGUUCUUGGCAGCUUGUCAACCAUAUUCACACCUAAUACUUACUCAAAUUUAUGAGCUUUGCCCCUCAAAGGCUAAAA